UCGCUUCCGUUUUUAUUACCGCGGUUUGGGCCAACACGAAAUCCUCCAAUUCUCUGAUUCCGGUCGAAGCAGGGAGCCUUUCUUCCUCCCCAAUCCAAAUCUCGCGAGCCAGGCGCGCGCUCCAAUGGCGGCCGCCGCCAUCUCCCACCUCCGUCGAGGCGCGCAGCGCCACGCGCUCCUAUACCUCUCGCGCCGCCACUUGUCUUCUUCCUCCCCCCUCACCGCUGCCUCCCCCCUCGCCGCUGCUGCUCGCCGCCUUCUCUCCACGUCGGUGGAUUCCGGCACGUCCUCGGCAGCCGGAAACUAUAAGCCCCCACCCCUCGACCCCUUCCGUGCCGCCCUCGCGCCAUCGUCGCCGCCGCUGGAGUCGCCUCCCCUAGAGGAGCCUCCCGCUGCCCCGCCGCUCCCGGAGGAAGCUUCCGCGGCCGCGGAGCCCGAGCAGGAUCCGGUGAUUUUGCAGAACGAGGAGUUGGAGGGCCUGAAGGCCGGGUUGGAGGCGGUGAGGAAUAGGGAGCAGUCGCCACAGGAGAAGGAGGCUUGGUGGCUGCUCAGCCGCGCCGUCGUGAAUUAUUGCGGCAGCGCGGUAGGGACGGUGGCAGCGAACGACCCCUCCACGGCCAACCAUAUGCUCAAUUACGACCAGGUGUUCAUCAGGGACUUCGUACCGUCGGCCAUCGCCUUCCUGCUCAAGGGUGAGAGCGACAUCGUGAAGAACUUCCUGCUCCACACCUUGCAGCUCCAGAGUUGGGAGAAGACAGUGGAUUGCUACAGUCCUGGUCAGGGGUUGAUGCCUGCUAGUUUUAAAGUCCGAUCCGUGCCUUUGGAUGGAAACAGUGAAGCAUUCGAGGAGGUCCUUGACCCUGACUUUGGAGAGUCGGCCAUUGGGCGUGUAGCUCCAGUUGACUCUGGUCUUUGGUGGAUUAUUCUGUUGAGGGCAUAUGGUAAAAUUACCGGAGACUAUGCACUACAAGAAAGGGUUGACGUGCAGACUGGCAUCAAACUAAUCCUGAAUUUAUGCUUGUCUGAUGGAUUUGACAUGUUUCCUACAUUGUUAGUCACUGAUGGAUCAUGUAUGAUUGAUCGUAGAAUGGGAAUCCAUGGGCAUCCUCUUGAGAUCCAGGCUCUUUUCUAUUCUGCUUUGCGCUGUGCCCGUGAGAUGGUCAGCAUAAAUGAUGGAUCUAAGAACUUGAUCCGCGCUAUCAACAACAGACUCAGCGCUCUGUCAUUUCACAUAAGAGAGUACUAUUGGGUUGACAUGAAGAAGAUAAAUGAGAUUUAUCGCUACAAGACUGAGGAGUACUCACAUGAUGCUAUUAACAAGUUCAACAUCUACCCAGAGCAAAUCCCAUCUUGGCUUGCAGACUGGAUUCCAGAGAAAGGUGGUUACCUCAUAGGAAACUUACAACCUGCUCACAUGGAUUUUAGGUUUUUUUCUCUCGGAAAUCUUUGGGCGAUUGUGUCCUCUUUAGCUACUCAAAAGCAAGCAGAGGGUAUUCUGAACCUCAUCGAAACCAAAUGGGAUGAUAUAGUUGCGAAUAUGCCUCUGAAGAUAUGCUACCCUGCACUGGAGUAUGAGGAAUGGCGUAUCAUCACUGGUUGUGACCCCAAAAACACGCCAUGGUCGUAUCAUAAUGGUGGAUCUUGGCCUACAUUGCUAUGGCAGUUCACUCUAGCCUGUAUCAAGAUGGGUAGGCAUGACUUGGCACAGAGGGCUGUUGAGGCUGUGGAAAAGAGGCUCUCAGAUGACAAGUGGCCAGAAUAUUACGACACCAGGACGGGGAGGUUUAUUGGAAAACAGUCGAGGCUAUAUCAAACUUGGACUAUUGCAGGGUUUCUUAGCUCUAAAAUGCUUUUGGCCUCUCCAGAGAUAGCAUCAAUACUAAUAUGUGACGAAGAUCUUGAACUACUGGAAGGGUGUGCUUGUGGCCUGAACAAGAGCGCUCGCAUCAAAUGCUCACGUCGAGCAGCCAGGUCUCAAGUCCUUGUGUAGCUCCAUACUUCUGCUUGACAGCCAAGACUUGGUAGUUACUCAUUUCUAAUUUACUGGAUUUGAAGUGACAGAAGUUGGCACUUGUUACCUCACUAGAGCGACCGCCUCAUAUGCCGGUUAUUUUGGCGAAUUUGUGGUCCCUCAAUCCAUUUACACGAGAGUAUACAUUGUUGUAUAUAUUUCACGUAAUCAAGAUUGUGUCUUAUACAGGGCCAAUUAACUCAAGUUCAUUGGCAGUUUUAAACAAAUAGCAUGUAAAUAUCACCACUUAUCAUUUUGUUCUGAGAAAUGAAUGGAUAUUUCUGAUAAUUGUAUUCCUGUUCCCUGAUUUUGUCUUCCUGCCUGCAUCCACCAAUGUUUAAGGUCAAGAACUGCCUUGAGUAGCCAAGAUUGAAGAGCAGUCAAGAUCUGAAAUUAAUUUUCAAACGCGCCCUCUUUAACACACUGCUGAUUGGUCCAUGCAUGCAUCAACUGGCACCUAAAGGAGCAGGAGACGGAGGCUUGUGUCGUGCACCAAGGGGUAGGUUGCUUCAUUUGAUGCCUUUGAAUGGCUCAUUUACUGUACAGGGAGACUCGUGUGUACCAUGGCAAUAUACCAGGCGGCCAGGCUUCAAUGGAGCAGUAUACCAGUAGUUAUGCUAACCGGUGCCAGUGCCCCGUGAUAGCAUUAUCUAAAUGAUGGGUUAGUACGAGUGUUACUACUAGUACUACAGAGCGUCAGCAAUUCAGCACGCACGGAAGAGCUGUUUUUUGGCAUUGUGCUCUACGUUCUCGUUUCCUGUAGAGGUCGGUGGUGUCAAUGAUUUGUGAGUUGACUCAAGAGGUUUGUGGAGCAACCUUUGUCACUACCUUUCCCCCGUUCUUUUCCUAAAGUGAUGUGAGUGUCUAUUAUCUGUGUAUCCCUAAUUGCUGCCCUAUUAUUUUCGUCCUGUCCUUGCUUAAGUUAUCCACAUCUUAUUCAUGUC